UCUGCACUAACACGCUUUGCAGUCAGACACAGAGUUCUGCUACUAUGGGAAUGUAGCUAACCAUUUCCUCCAGUUAGCCAUGAAAAGACGGUGAUUUCAAACGUAAAACAGCAGCCAAGGGAACCAUGUCCCAUCAUAAUGUGGUGAACGGAUGCAAACUGGUCGCUGUGCUUCUUCUUUGGCUUGGUGCCUCUGCAGAAGACAAACCUACAGGUCGUGCUCAUGCCUCAGAGCCCCAGGAGCUCACACCACACAGCUCUAUUGGAUUGUCGGACGUGGUGUUGGUGAUCCAGAGUCAGAGGAACUCCUUCCACGCCCGCCGAGGUGGUCAGAGGAAGGUGGAGAUUCUUCAGCAGGCAGCUGAGCUGGGACAGGGAGUUCCAGUUGUUCUUCUUCUCCAUGAGCUGUCAGAGUUUGAAGGGGAUUGGAGUAUCCUCCCUUUGCUCCCUAAUCUCUCUGCUACUUAUGGCCAAUCAGCAUCCUGGUUUUUCUUCAUAGAGGAGGAAACCAGCGUCUCACUGCCUAAUCUGCUGCAGGUCCUCCAAAGAUAUCAAGUCCAAGAGGAAUGGUUUUUGGGUAAGCUUCUCCAUGACAACGAGCCUUCCAUUAUCCACCACUAUGCGUUCUCUGAAGACCCCGGUUCCUUUAGUUACCCUGACCCUGCAGCAGGCUGGGCUCUCAGCACGCCUCUGCUCCAGAGACUCACUGAGCGGAUACAACAUAAGCCUCUGAAGUCAGAUUUCACUAUCGACUUGAAACAUGAGGUUGCGUUGUACAUUUGGGAGGAAGGGAAUGGUCCAAAGCUGACGGCAGUUCCAGAGUUUUGUACAGAGACGAGAGACAACUGCGCUACGACAUUUACAACCUACCUGCCAAACUGUGGAGAUCCGGUGUCGAGGAAAGAAGUAUUUGUUGCUGUGAAAACUUGCCAAAAAUUCCACUCUGAACGAUUACCAGUCGUGAAGGCAACCUGGGAGAAAGAUGCUGAGUUUUUAGAGUAUUACAGCGAUGUUGCUGAUGCCUCCAUACCCACAAUCAAUCUGGGAGUGCCCAACACUGAGAGAGGGCAUUGUGGGAAGACUUUUGCCAUCUUGAGGCGGUUCUUGAGUAAAGCUGUGCCAAAGACUGAUUGGCUACUUAUUGUUGAUGAUGAUACACUCAUCAGUUUACCCAGGUUGCGGCGACUGCUGCGAUGCUAUGACCCAAAGGAGGCAGUGAGCCUGGGGGAGAGAUACGGCUACAGCUUGCUUCUGAACGGAUACAGCUACACCACCGGAGGAGGAGGGAUGGUGCUCAGUCGUGCGGCAGUGUCCAUGCUACUUUCCAGUGGUUGUCGCUGCUACAGUGACGAUGCUCCUGAUGACAUGGUGCUGGGCAGGUGCUUCGCUUUCCUGGGUGUUCCCAUCACACACAGUCCCCUGUUCCACCAGGCUCGACCGUAUGACUACUCCGAAACACUGGAGCAGGCUGUGUCGUUCCACAAGCACUGGAACAUAGAUCCUGUGAUCGUCUUCAAACUCUGGCUGCAGGACACACACCCACGAGAUGAACUGUAGAAACACUGUGUUUACAAUACUUCAAACACUGAAUCUGAAUAUGCACAACUGCGUCGAGCUAAAGAUCAGCAAACAAGCAGCGAAACGCGCCCUGAAACAUAAUUCUUAACCACCUUAAUACCUGCAUUGAUCAAUAUUUUGUAUGUCAACACAAAAUCAAAUGAGUGUGUGUAAUGUUAAAGUGGUCGCAGAGAAUUACCAACCAAGUUUUUUAACUCCACAGAGGUUUCUAGCUUAAUUGAGCCCAACUAUUUGCCGAAAUGGCCUGUGCAUAGACCGUAUGAUUAAAUCAGCAAAACCAGCUUUAUUAAAAGCACCAAACAGCAGACAGACAAACUGCUGAGUGAAUACAAAUGUUUAUCUGCCUCCACUGGAUGAGUAGCUUUAAGCACCUGUAUAUGUCAGGGAUUUGAAGAUGGCUUCGUGUCUUUCCUUUUGCCGCCAAACAUUUGGCUGUUAGCAAGAAUUACAGACUUAGAGACUUUACAUGUUUCGAGGAGCUGGAGGACUUCCUGUGGACCUCAGCGCUGUCUAUCAGCCAUUAGAGAGACUGGAUCGUGGGAGUGGAUGUCUGACGAUUGCUGCUGUCACUUUACCCCGAAACUAAAUUUUAACUAUGAACCAAGAUGUUUCAUUUAUUGAAGAAAGAUUGUGUUGGUAUAUUUGUGUGAUCUGAUAUGAUAUCUGUUAAGGAUGUCUCAAGUCAUUCAAUGUUUAUUUUGUUUUAUUUAAUUUAUUUAGCCGGUUAAGUCAAUCUCUACAAGGGAGACCUGAAGUUGCAGACAAAACAAUAGAAAAUCAGGCAACAGCUUCGAUAAAAUAUUACUAAACAGGCAACAGACAGCUUAAAACACAUGUAAGCUAAGAAUAGAGACAACUAACAAACUAGUCAUUUACCAUGGAAUAUUCCUAAUGAUGAAAACAAUUUAUUUCAAUAAUAUUUUACAGAAUUUUGUGUUCAUUUCUAUUUCAUGCAAACAAAACUUUUUCGAAACUUCUUCUUCUUUCUUAGACUUAGAUUUCCCCAAAUAUCAAACUGUUCCAUAUAAUUUUGAAUUCAUUUUAUAUAUUUUGAAACAAAUUUCAAGAUUUUGCAUAAAGAGUUGUGUAGAUAUUGUUGUUUAUUUAGCAAAUGGAAUAUCAUUAACCAAAUGAGUCCCUGGUGGGGUUUUGUAUAAUUUGUGUGGUUUAGUAGAUUGGUGUACAAGUAAUUACAACCACGGCUGUCCACAUUCUGGAGCUGUUUUUAUGAAUAUAUAAAUGUUUGUGCAUGCUUGCUGAAA